CACAACAGAUGGUACACUACUACAGAGCGGAGGAGCGCACGAAUUUUACGCACAACUACUUUUAUCUUCUGUAAACUUGACAGGGACGUUUAGUGUUACAGGAGUAAGGUGGGUGUUCUCCGAGGACAGACUCAUCCUUGACCGGAUCGUACAUUUGGAGGCGGAAUUUGGUGUCAAGGUCAGGAGCGGCCAUGCCAUUUGGCUGUAUAACGAUCGGGGAAAAGAAGGAAUAUCACAUUCCUUCAGACGUGACAGAUAAAUAUGACCUGGGUCAGAUUGUUAAAUCGGAGGAGUUCUGUGAGAUAUUCAGGGCCAAGGACAAAACUACGAUGAAAAUGUACACAUGUAAAAAGUUCCUGAAGAAGGAUGGAAGGAAAGUCCGCAAGGCUGCCAAGAAUGAGAUCCUCAUCUUAAAGAUGGUGAAGCAUCCCAAUAUUCUCCAACUGGUGGACGUCUUCGAGACCAAGAAAGAGUACUUCCUUUUCCUUGAACUUGCAACAGGAAGAGAGGUGUUUGACUGGAUCCUGGAUCAAGGCUACUACUCAGAGCGAGACACCAGUAACGUUGUGCGCCAGGUGUUGGAGGCCGUCGCCUACCUCCACUCCCUGUGUAUCGUUCACAGAAACCUGAAGCUGGAGAACUUGGUUUAUUUCAACCGCUUGAAGCACUCUAAAAUAGUCAUCAGUGACUUCCAUCUUGCAAAGCUGGAGAAUGGACUAAUCAAAGACCCCUGUGGGACACCGGAGUACCUAGCUCCUGAGGUGGUUGGAAGGCAGCGAUACGGCAGGCCUGUUGACUGCUGGGCUACGGGUGUCAUCAUGUACAUUCUGCUGUCAGGAAACCCUCCGUUCUACGAUGAAACCGAUGAGGAGGAUUAUGAAAACCACGACAAGAACCUGUUCCGAAAGAUCCUUGCUGGCGAUUAUGAGUUUGACUCUCCGUACUGGGAUGAAAUCUCUGAUUCAGCCAAGAGCCUGGUAUCUCGUCUGAUGGAGGUGGAUCAGGACCAGAGACUGACAGCCCAGGAGGCUAUAAACCAUGAGUGGAUCUCUGGUGGUGCAGCGUCAGAUAAGAACAUCAAGGAAAAUGUAUGUGCGCAAAUAGAGAAGAACUUUGCCAGAGCUAAAUGGAAGAAAGCAGUUCGAGUCACCACCAUCAUGAAGAGAUUGAGGGCCCCUGACCAGAGCAACUCGAGGGCCACCAGCCCUGCAGCUGGCGCCCCAGAGGACCCUGCAGCUCCCCAGGCUACCAUCGACCCCUCCGCACCUUUGUGUGGGGAAACACCUGAGGUGGCCCCCGCUGCAGCCACAGAGCUCCCUGCCGGGGGUGAGCUGAGCGACCCGGAGCCAGUAUCCUCACCUGGGGUGUCAGCCUCAGCAUCCGAGGGCCCGGCCCAGCAGGAGGCCGAGCCCACAUCCCGUUGUAACGGAGAGGCCUCGACAACUAACCAGGCUUCUGUCGAGGCAGAGGGCGAGCAGGGUUAGAACCCACCUCCCCUGUGUGACCUCUGCUGUCCCCACCAACUCCUGCACACUGUACAUUAGCUGCUAGCAUGGUGACACUGACUCUGCUUCUCUCUCACUUGCAGCAUUAGCAUCAUCUCAUGGAGGCUGUGUGCAACCUUUUCCAGAGCGCUGCAUAUCUUUGGCUUUCUCUAUACAAGUAUCGUGUCUUUUUUACUGACCCCCCCCCACCCCCUAGUGUUUUACGUCAGAUGUUAUAAACCAAGUCUAUCCCUGCAUAUUUGAGUUUUAGGGGCAGAAAAGAUUGGCUGUCAAGUUGUGGCUUACAGCUUUAGUCGUCGUUCUGAUUGCUCGCUCAGCGAUAAGAUAACAUAGGAGGACAUAGUUGUGCUGAAAAUGGCUUUGAUUACUUUUUAAUGAGCCAACUUGGGAAACUUCUCUCUGACUGUCUUGUAAUUACAGUAUUUGUUCUCAGAGUCAGUAGUAAAAUCCUGCUUUAACCUAAUUUUUGACCUUGUACAAUAAUGCUUAGUACAGGCUGGCCCUCACAUAUACUCGUCUCACGUGUUUAUCUUUCCUAUCGUUAUCGUGGACACUAAUUACUGAUUGUGCCAAGAUUGGUGACUGGGAGUUUUUUUUAAGCCCAAAACUGUAAUUUGAACGAGGCAGCUUCACACAUAAGCACACAAACAUAAACACCAUGUUCCUUUGCUCAGUUCCUGCUCAGGAAAGAACCUCAUAGCUGUAAGUGUAAAGAUUCUGUACAUAGAGACCUUUGUAGAAGUAGCCGAAACAGCAUGCAUUCUCACUUUCUGCUGUUCAUCUCAGACUCACGGCCACUUGGUGGAUAAAGAUGCGCGACUCGUCACAUCGUUGGCCACAGCGCUCUCGCCACAAGCGAUGUCACGGCUAAUGUAUAGUUCACUACACUGUGCAUCAUGAUAUCUAUAUAUACAGUGCAGUAAGCGCCCCUGCUGUCAGUGUAAAAGUUGUUUAAAAAGGAAAAAUGAAUACACCACCAUAACAUAGCAGUUCUAUGCAUUCAAAUUAAUUUGUAGCCUCUUUUUUUUGUUUUUUACAUCACAAAAGAAUUUAUCACAUCUUUAUCCACCAUGUGAGAGAAAUUGUAUUUUUGCUGGAUUUCAGUCUACCUGUGCGUUAUUUUUUUAAAUGUGUCCUUUGUGUUAGGAUACUGACUCAAAUGCCACACAUGUCUUAAUCUUUGGUUAUAACUAUAAAACAAAAUGUGCAUCAAUGGACCACAUGCAGCUUUCAAGGGGAAGAUGUGCAUCAUUUUUGACUUUGCCUGGGAUAAUCAUCCCCGGCACAGCUGCAUUGACCUGUAUUAUAUUGAGAAAAAAAAUGUAAUCCAGCAUAUGUUUAACAUAUUUAUAAUCUAUUUAUUAUUUAACUCUGUAUAUUUUUUAUUUAUAUAGGUUUUCAGCUUAUACUUGAUAAAACAGUAAUAACCAACUAUCCUUUCCUGUCACUGGUCCCCUCGAGCAUUAAUAAUGAGCUACAGAAGGAGUUCUCUGUAAUCACUCUAGAGGAAAAUAUAGAGCAAUAUUUGACAGGCUGCAGAAACUGUGAUUCCUGGUGUCCUUUUGCUCCAUGUACCUGUAAGUCUGUAGUCCUUGCAAGCCUUCUGGCAACUUAGCAAACACAUGGCUGCUGUCAGAAAAAUGUGUACGCGAGUGUGUGUACCUGGAUGUGCGUGUGUGUGUGUGAGACAAGUGUUCGAUAAGCAUUACGGCCGUAUCGAUCUUCUGGCCAGUAGGUCCCAGCAUAAUUUCCUGCGCUAAUACAUAAUUAACCAUCAGUUUUGACUCCCUGGUCAAAUAAAGACAGCAGCCACAUUGUCAAUAGACUGAUUAGAUGAUAUAAUUAAAGUGUAAUAUGUCCUGGCUCCUGCUCGGCCACUUUGUCUUACUCUUCCUGAUCUGUUAUCACUAGUAUUUCCUGUGCACAUCUGUAAAUCUAUAUGAAAAGGUGCAUCAGAAAACUGAUCACAUUUAUUAUCUGUAGAAUCUCAAGUUUGACUUUGUUGUUGCAGAGUCUUUUAUUUCGACAUGUUUCUCUUUUUAAUAAGGUAUUUUGGUAAACACACCAAUCAUAGAGAGGAUUUCUUACAUUGCUGAAGAUCAAUAUUUAGAUUCGAACAAGAGGCUUAAACGAGAGAGAUUUUAGUGUGAAUAGAUUAUUUCACGUUGUCUGUUCUUUUUGUUUAGAUGUCAAAUAAACACUGUUGAAACACUGUUUAAAGCAAUGCUCCCCCCACCCCCCAACACAUUCCUCACUGUAUUUAGUAGCUCCAUGUCUGUUCAUUUUACCAUGCACUAACAGGUGUACUUGUAGAUGUGAUGUUUGCCAGGACCAGUGGUCACCUGUAGGUCCUGUCCUGCCUUUGUGAGCUCUGUACCGUUCUCCUUGACUGAGUUGAUGAAUUUGAUGGUAAUAAACUUUAAUUCAUCUGUU